AUGACUGGUCUUGAUCUCAUUUUGGGAUUGGAUUGGUUAUCCAAGAAUCAUGUUUUGCUUGAUUGCUUUGAAAAGUUAGCACAGUUUAUGCCGGAAGGGUCAGAAGCGGCGGUUGUAGUGAAUAGUUACUAUUUGAACUCUAUGAAAGUAAACUGUUAUGGAACUGAAUGUCAAGGUAUUAUGUUAUUAACUGCGGGAGUAUCAGGUGAUGAUAAGAAUUUAGAGCAGAUCUCGGUUGUAUGUGAAUUUCCAUAUGAUAUUAAUGAAUUUUCACCUAACCAGGAGGUUGAAUUUGCAAUUGAGUUGGUGUCUGGAGCCGGUCCGAUUUCGAUUACUCCUUACAGGAUGUCACAUUUAAAAAUGGCUGAACUGAAAGCUCAGCUGGAAGAUCUGUUGGAUAAGCACUUUAUUCUCCGCGAGGAGCGCCAGUGUUACUGGUAA